GUGGCCAGACUUACAGAGAGAAUGAAGGAGAGGAGAAAUAAAGAGAUUCAGAUCAUCAGGUGUGAGACAUGGCGCUGAGAGCCGCUCUGCUGAAGAGUAUCUGGUACGCCUUCACGUCCCUGGACACCGAAGACAGCGGCAAAGUGUCCAAAUCACAGCUCAAGGUUCUGUCUCAUAACCUCCACAGUGUUUUGAGGAUUCCUCACGACCCUGCGGCGCUCGAGAGACACUUCAGCGAUGAUGACGACGGUCCUGUAUCCAGUCAGGGGUACAUGCCCUACCUGAAUCAGUUCAUUCUGGACAAGGUGAUCGAGGGGACCUUUGUUAAGGAGGAAGUUGACGAGCUGUGCUGGACUCUCUGCUCUAAGAAGAACUACCGUCCCGAUGCGCAGCGCGUUCUGUCCAAUCAGGACUCCAUGCGGCUCUGGUGUCUCUUUAACUUCCUGGCGGACGACAGAUAUCCUCUCACACUCGUGCCGGAGGAGGCGGAGUAUCUGCUGAGGAAGGUCAGCAGUGUGAUGCCGGUGGAGCUGACCUGUGUGGAGCUGGAGGAGUUCCUGUCGCAGGACGCUGUACAGAAGGACGGUCUGAGCGUCUGGAGCUUCCUGGACGUGGUCAACACGGCCGCCGUCAGCCGAGGACUGGAUGGAGACAGCAUCCGUGUGGCUGUGGAGAAGGUCUACAGGGAGAUGGUGGGGAACGUGCUGAAGGAGGGCUAUCUGUGGAAGAAGGGUCACCUGCGCAGGAACUGGACGGAGCGCUGGUUCUGUCUGAAGCCCGGCUCGCUCUCGUACUACAUCAGCGAGGACUGCAGGGACUGUAAGGGUGUGAUCGAGGUGGACCAGAACUGCUGCGUGGAGGUGCUGACGGACCGAGACGGGAAGAGAUGCAUGUUCUGUGUCAAGACGCUCAACAAAACCUUCGAGAUCAGCGCGCCAGACUCCAGACAGAGACAGGAGUGGAUCACCGCGCUCCAGACGGCUCUGCGUCUCUCCGCUGAAGGCCGGGUCUCGCUGCACGAGGAGCUGAAGGAGCGGCGGAGGGAGCUGCGAGAGGAGCGGGAGAGGAGGCGUGCGCUGCGGGCGGAGGAGACGCGGAGGCUGACGGAGCUGCAGGGGGAGCGUGAGGAGCAGCUGGCGGAGCUGGAGCUCCUGAAGGAGGCGCAGAGACAGGCCCAGGCCUCGCUGCAGCACGAGGAGCAGAGGAGACGCAGUCAGCACGAGGAGCUGCAGAAGACCCUGCAGAGACAGCUACAGGAGGCACAGGAGGCGCGGGCGAAUCUACGUGCAGAGGUGGCGGUUCGUGAUCUGGAGGCCGAACACCAGCAGCGGAGAAUCAGAGAGCUGGAAGAUCUUCAUCACAGACUACAGGAAGCUCUCGAGCAACAGAUCAGAGCGAGACAGGAAGAGGAGACCUACAGAUACACACAGACCAGGCUGCUGGCGGAGGAGGAGGAGAAGGUGAAGUCUCUGCUGGCGCUGCAGGAGGACCAGGAGGAGCAGCUCCAGCAGACCCAGCGUGAGAAACAGGAGCUCCUGCAGGAGAUGGAGAAAAAGUCGCAGGCUCUGGAUGAGGCCCAGCAACAGCUGGACAAAGUGCGAGCCAGCCGACGCAGAGUGGACCAGGACAUCGCGGCCGCGCAGCGCAAACUCCGACAGGCCAGCACAAGCGUCAAACACUGGAACGUGCAGAUGAACCGCCUGAUGCACCCCAUCGGCCCUGGAGACAGGAGAGGGUCUUCUAGUAAUCUUCUCGCUCCUCCGGUCCGCAUCCCCUCGGUCAGCGAGAGCGAAUCCAGACCUCCACAGAAACAGAACAGCCUCCACUGUGAGAACAUGGACUGCGGUGACAACGAAAACAAAGAGCCGACUGACGCUGAAGCUGUAUAAACCUGACAGAAAUUAGCACAACUGACAUAGCACUUCAUAAACUUGAAGAAAUUGUUCAGUCUAUAGUGAAAAUGUGCUGAAAAUGUGUUCAACCCUCAGGCCGUCCAAGAUUUGUUUCCUCUUCAGAUGU